AUGACGCAAUUGUCGUCCUUUUGGCUGGUGUCUCUGACGCCAGGUGUCAUCAUCUCCCGGCUCGUUUGCAUUGACGAGAUGCAAAACCAGUCGGAGAAGCGACGGCCGGGCGAUGGCAAGAAGAGUCUGCGAUGGCCGUCGCUUCCGGACGAAGUUCUCCUCUCCAAGACUCCCAAAUGGUUGAAAUCCCUGUCGUUUCACCACCGACAUAAUUCGCCAGUGUCCAGUGCCAGUUUCGUUCUCCCCAAAUUGCCCGGCAGCGACAAUCACUUCCAUCAGCCGGAAGAGGAAUCCAGCGACGUCCAGACGGGUCAAGUUCAUUUGCCUCCGUUGUGCUUCUCAUCCGGCAGCAGUAGCACGGAUGACAAGGCCAGAUCUUCUUGGCUUCUGCCCACCUUUCCGGCCUUCCAUCGCAAAGAAGUUUACCACCGACAGGCCGCCGCCAGAGAACGGCGCCAGCUGUCGGCCAAACUCGCCCGUCUACCGCCCAUCACCACCACCACCAGCAGCAGUAGCACAUCUCCUCCGCCAACUGUCCAGUCGUCAUCCGCACCUCCACCGCGAUCUCCCCGAGGUGUGGAAGGGACGAGCGUGACUUUGCUGUCGAGUCGGAGCGGUCCAACGAGAGGAGAAGAAGAGGAGGAAGAACAGCAGGUCAAGAUGCCGGGAACCAUCACUGACGUUGGCCAUCGUAAUGUCCAUUUAUGGUCCGUCGGUAGGCGAACAAGAGAAGAAGAAGAAGACGAUGAUGAACGAAGAGAAAAGGCGGAACUGAUGGCGCUGCUGAGGCCGGUGGUCUCCAUAUCGGGUCAUCACGCAACACCACCACCAGUCGACGAAAGUUACCAGCCGACUAGAACAACGGCCGGAUCGUCACGUGACCCACCGACUCCUACUGCUGCUGCUGCUGCUGGGCCUUCGACUCUUGUUAACAACACAACAACAGCCGACGACUUUCAGUGGACCAUCGAAUGGACGCCGAGUGCGGACGUCUUCCGACACCAUUCCGCCACCAGUCCGUCCUCAUCACGUUCUUCCGCUUCGGAUGCUGACGAAUUGAUUGGAGACGAAGAGAUGGCCGCUCCGUGGCCAGUCGAGCGGCAUUGGCGGAGUGGCAGCGCUGCCAGCCGAGUCCGACAUUCUCCACCGAUUGCAUCGCCAACGCCAACCAGUCGAAAUGAAACAAAAGCCGAGCUCCCGCUGUUGGCUUAUUCCACUUCGCCGCCAGUUCCGGCACUCCGAGCCAAAACGGCACAUCCUUCCAUGUCUUCGGCGGAAGAGGAUCAGCUGACGGCCAGCCAACAACAACAACACUACCACCACCAAGAGCAGCCGGAUCGCCAAGAUUCCGAGGAAAUCAUCGAAGAGAUCGAACACGUUUUCGAUGAAAUCGAUAUCCAAUCCUUCGAUGAUGAAUCGCCCGGCGUCCAUCACAGUCGGUUAAAAGAAGAUCCAGACGACCGUCUGGAACUGGAUGACGACACGUCCGUCUUUGGCGGAGUCCAGCUGGAGCAGCUGAAAAAGCUCCUGCACCAGAAUUCCGGCGGAAACAACAACGAAGUGGCCGAGGAAGUCGACGAUUGCGACGGCAAAGAAACGACGUCGUCGUCUCCGACCUUCCGCCAAGAUCCGUCGAUGGCCGAGCAGUUGCUGGCCGUCCAGCCGGAUUGCCUGCCCAAUGCGGUCCAGCAGCAUCAGUACUUGUAUCAUCCGGAUGACCGGCCAAUCAGCCGCAGUCCGCGUGUCGUCCACAGUCCCGUCCUCGGCCAAAGCGAAUCUUCAAUCCGGCGGGCGUUUGUCUUCGAAGAAGAAGAGGAAGUGCCGGAAGAGUUUGACGAUCCGGCAGAAGCUUCCGCCAGAUUGGUGGCUCCUCCCAUCCAGGCCAAGAGCCGCUCGGUGGCUUCGUUCGCCAGCCGCAAUACCCCGUCACCUGAUGAGAAUGGCCGCCGCCAGAGGUCUCUACCUACCCGAAUCACCGAGAAAUCGGUCCCGCCAGUUAAAAGGAUCGGCGUGAUGCCCUCGAGCAUUGUCAACCGUCAAAUCAAGGCCGGCCAAUCGCUAUCGCCGGCGGCUCAUAAAACCAACCGGCCCGAGAGUCCCCAAGAUCCUAAAUCAAUCCUCCAAACGGCCCUGAAGAAUAUCCACUCAUCUGAAUGGGAAGUCAAAGUUGAAGGUAUCCGACGUCUGGAGGAUCUAAUUACGGCCAACAGCGACUGUGUGGCUGCCGAACUUCACAUCGUCGUCUUGGCAUUGCUGGAGGAGAUUAAGAACUUGCGCUCCCAAGUGUCACGCGUGGCCAUCCACUCGACGGGCAAAAUGUUCCAGCACUUUGGCAAACAAAUGGAACAGGAUUUAGACCGAACGGUGCCGCUGCUCCUGAGCAAGGCCGGCGACACGAACCGGUUCAUCCGAGACGACGCCCACGCCGCUCUGAUCAACGUCACCGAAUUCGUCUCGCCGCCCAAAGCCAUCGUCGUUAUCGUCGGAGAAAGUCUAACCCACAAGAACGCGACGGUACGGGCGGAAGGAGCCAAAUUACUGGCGGCCAUCGUCGUUAAAUUGGGUCCGGCCAAGACCCUCAGCGGGGCCAAAGAUGUCACCGAGAGGAUCCUACCGGCCGCCGCCCAUUUUAUCCAAGAUGGCAGUCUAGAAGCCAGGGCCCAGGCCAAGAAGAUUUUCAGCGUCGUCAUCGAGGAUCCCAUUUUCGACAAGGCCAUGCAAAAGUAUCUGUCGCCGUCCACCAUCCGCAACAUCCAGCGGACGCUGGAUACACUCCGCAAAACGAAAAUGUACUAAAAUGUUUAAUCCCCCUGAUUAAUUUGAUGAACAAAAGAAUAUUCGUUCCAGGCAGCCAGGGUUACAUAAAUUGUACACCACAAUUUUUUUAUUAUUAAGUUUGAUAUCGAUGUGAUUGUUUUUUGCGUCCUAAAAUUAGAUAUUAUACCAUUUCACUAAAUGUGAAAUGAUUGGAAGGGAGGGGAUUGUUGAUUUAUUUAUUGGAUUGUAAUUACAUCUUUAAAUUAUUUGCGUUGUUGGGUGGGGUUGGCUAAAUUUAGGAUUCGAUUGAAAUGCAGUUAUUAAGUUUGUAGUUAAAUAGUUAAAAAAGAAGACUUGUUGGGAGCCAAUGACAAUGAUGUGAACUCGUGUGAUCAAACAGGAAAAGAAAUAAAUGUACAGUUGGAUUAAAUUUGAAAAAAAAAGAAAAUGAAUUCUUCGAAUUAAAGCAAUUAUUUUUCUAAUCAGCAAACAAACCCAAUUCGAUUUU